CAUACACCCCCUCUCUACCCAACAGACUAAAAGACCCGUCGCUGCAACUGCACUCUAUUGAACGUGCAACGAUACGGGGUUAGUGUUCUGUUAAGUCUCUGACACGGUGGAGCAUACACACUCAGCUGAGGGUUCCGCGGCAAAACGCUCCAUUUGUCGAUCCUGUUAAAUCGCAAAAGACAAAUUAAUUCAGAUGAUUAUCCCAAGCCUAACUUUCUCCAGACGAGCUGUCGCCGUAGAUCCAUUCAAUCGAUCACUCGCUGACGUCAGUGAUAUGAGACGCAGAGAGAAGGCGAUUAAUAAUAGCGGUCAGAGAAAAACACAUUUGGAUUUUGAUACUUGAACACGUGUGAGAAGUUGAAAGUUGAAAGUUGCGACGAGUUUAAGUGUUGUUGCUGUUGUUGGUAGUGUUGUUUUCUUGCAAGUGAAGAAGUGCACGCUGUUGUGGAAAUAAUAUGCAUUAACUUACAUUUUGUGUGUAUUAACGUGAGGUUUUAUGAUUAGAUAACAUAACUCGUGUUAAAUGGGAUUACAAGAUGGCGGUUUGCAACUGUAGCUUCAAUAGGAGAAUCAUCUUGAUAUUUCUUCAUGAAAGUGAAGAAUGGUAAUAACAGUGCAGUAAGAUAUCACUGUUUGUAAUGCAGACAUCUCUUAAUUUUGUAAUGAUAUCCGCUGUGUGUUUACUUUCCGUUUUACGUAGUAGAUAAGACCGUUUUGUGGUAUUCUGAAUAGAAAUAAGAGAUUUCCAGCUUAUCGAAGUAGAUUCAUCAUCCUGUGCUGUGGCACCGAGUAUUAUGAAAGCCAAAGAGGCAAAGUAUAUUUACAGAUUGUCGUGAACGUGAACGAUGAAAGAUCACAAACCAAGGGCCGUUCCACCUCACUCUCUCCUGCAACGGAAUUGAUCCCAAAUCCAUUACCACUCCCGUGUUUUUUUUGUUUUUGUUUUUUUAACAUCCCAUCUGUAUUACCGAAUAAUGCCUCAUAACUAACAAGCAUGUUCAAGCGAUAUCCAAAGUAUGCGCAGGGCCAAGAACUAGCCACUAAAUUCUGGUGGAGCAUCACGCAGUUGGCAACCACCGCCGUGCACGAUACUUUCAUCCUUGUAUAUUCCUCUCUGCCGAAGACCAAGAACGGCAACGUGAGCGUGAGCAACUAUUUCGAGAAUGCCAAGAAAGAGUACGUUCUGCAGGAGCUUCAGGAUGGAGGUUACGACAUCGACAAUUUCAAAGUCACUCCGAAGAAGGCCGCUUUUUACGACCUUCAGGUUAUACGCAAAAUUCUCGACCACGUGGAGGCCAAGCAAGAGCAUAGGGAGCAUCUGAAUGCCUUCAAAAAUUGGGUGAGAAAGCUCGUCCACGUGCGAAAUGUCAUGAGCCAUCACAAGUUGAGAUCCAUGGCCAUCACCCAGUUAAUGGAAGACCUGGAGGAAGUGAAAGACGUCCUCUGGGAACUUUACACUCUGGCGGCGGAGUUGUCGGGAAGGGCAGAGGCAGACAUUGUCGAAGCCUUCGAUCUCCUGCAGCAGGAAUUAGACAGCCUUGUGUCCCCUGCUACGACUUGUCCCAGGUGUUCCAAAGAGCAGAAGAUGAAGGGGAAUAAAGACGAAUGUGGGAUGAUGAAAGAAAGUGGACAGAACAAAGGAUACGGAAAGAUCAUAGAAAAUGAACAUAAGAAAAGCUGUAGAACUGUCAAAGAAAACGAGAGGAAGGAAAAUAGGAAAACCAUAGAAAAUGAGGCAGGCAAAGAAAACGGAAUGGAAGUGAAGAUUGAGAGAGACACCAACGACUCGGGUGGUAUCAUUAACCUCAGGACUAACGAUGGAAAUGGAAAGACAUCCCUUCACAUUCAUCACAUGAUAACAACACAGGAAGAAGGGAAGGAAGAUGCAAGAGAUAGAAACAGCAGCAGCGAGGAAGAAAUCCUAUCGUCGUCAGAGGUCGCGAGUUCGAGCAGUUCUCUCGAGGAUUCUGAGUCAGACGUAUCUCUGCAAAAUCAGAAAGAAACUCGAGGCAUUUCAGCAGAGGAGGCAGAUGAGAGCUACGGCAGUGACGGCGGUAAAGCACGUGAUGAAAACAGCAGAGAAAAAAGCAGUGCAGACGCCUUGCUUCAUGAAUCAUGGUCGAAAUCGUCCCCUCAAAGCAGAAAAAAUACAUCACGUAUUUUCCCUACAGAGAUAGAUCAAAGCAAUAAGAACUGCAGUAAUAUCUCUGAUGGUGGUAUCGUCAGACCGUCAGACGGAAGGGAGCCAACUCUGAUUCCCAUUCAGCAGAUAAUGGUGACACUAUAUGUAAACGGCAGAAUAGACACAAGCAGUAGCAGCGAGGAGGUGCCGUCAUCCGGAAAACCUGCUUGUUCAAACAGUUUUCACGGAGUUUCUCAAACAGACUCGUCCCAGCAAGGUGAAAGAGAUAUACCAGGUGUUUCAGAUGUAGAGACAGCUGGUGCUUGUUACAACUACAACAGUGAAAAUGGUGAAACGAGAGAUAACAGCAGAAUAGGU